AUGGUUAUAAUGGAUCAUAAUACCAAUAUAUCAGGGUCUCCAACAUCUUCCCAGGUACUUUCUAAUGGAAUUCAAUCAAUUCAAAGUGGGAUUUCAAAUAGAGUUCAAUCUAUUCAAUCUCUGCCGCCACAAAUGUAUAUAUUAAAAGAAAGAAUUGUAAAUAAAAAUAAUUAUCAUAUAAUGGAUAGUAAUAAUAAUAAUAAUAAUGUAAAUAGUAGUAAUAAUAGUAAUAAUAAUAAUGUUGGAUUAAAGGACUAUGGAGAAGGCGGAAUUUAUAGUUUCGAAGAUGAUAGUCAUAGAUCUGCCUCUCCAUCAAGAUUAAGAUCACUCUCUGCUCCUGGUUCAACAAGUACAACAACUGCACCAGCAACAUGUACAGGUACAAAGAAUCAACGUGAACUAUUUCAACAAUCAAUUGAUUCAUUAGCUUCAAAAUAUAAUAAUGGUAAUAACAAUAAUUUAAACAACAAUAAUAAUAAUAAUAAUAUAAAUAAUAAUAAUAUAAAUAAUAAUAAUAAUAAUAAUAAUAAUAUAAAUAAUAAUAAUAAUAAAGAUAUAAAUAGUAAUAAUAAAUCAUCAUUAAAAAAUAGUGGUGGUAGUGGUAGUUGUGGUAGUGAUAGUGAACAAUUAAAUUGUAGAAUUAGAGAUUCAACUGAUGAAAUGUAUGAAAGUGAAGAACUUGCAAAUAUUGAUGACGAAAUGAUUAGAAUGAGAUCUUUAUCACUAACAUCAUUUGAAACAUUUAAAAAGAUUGAAAGAGAAAAGAAUAUUUACUCUCCAUCUUCCACUAGAGAUGAUGAUGUUUUAUCACCAUAUGAAAUGAUGUCACAUUUGGAGUAUCAAGAAAGAUUAGAAAGAGAAGAAAUGGAAAGAAUGGACAAGAAUAAUGUUAUCAUAUCACAAUCAUCAAGCGAUGGUUAUACUGGUAAUCAAGUUCAAUGUGAAUCAACAUUAACAUCGUCAUCUUCAAUAAAAUCAUCAUUAUCAUCAUCUUCCUCACUUAAUAUUAGUACUUCAAUUCCAAGAAUUAGUGUAUCAUCUUCAAAUUCUUUCUCUGGUUCACCUUCAACUUGUUCGAUUUCUCCACCAAAAUCAUCAUCAUCUUCUUCAAAGUCAAAAAAUAGUUUAACUGGUAGUUUAAAUGGUACAAGUGUAUUAAUUCAACAACAACAACAACAAAACCAUGGUGGUGGUAAUAAUAGUCCAAUUACAAGUAUUACCAAUUCACCAUCAACUCGUUCUUCACCAUUAUUCAAAAGGUCAUUAACUUCAAAUACUACACUUUCAAAAUCAUCUACUAAAUUACCAUCUGUUGAAAAGGAACAACAGCCAACUCAACAAGCACCUUUAUCACCACAAGUGCAACAACAAGCUCAACAAUUACCACCACAAGUUCAUGCUCAAUUACAAGCUCAAAUUCAACAACAACAACAACAAAAUAUUCCAAAAAAAGUACAACCACUUGUAAAAUCAUUAUCUUCACAAACUAUUUUAAAGGAACAACAAAAUAAGAAACAACCAAUUGCAGCCGUUGCCUCGCCAUCAACAACUUCUUCAUCAUUAGCACAAAAUAGACCAUCAACUCCAAUUCAAAUGUCAUCAUCACCAAAUUUAAAUCCAUUAAAAAAGUUAACAAAUAAACUUUCAUUAUCAACUCAUUCAUUACCACAAUCACCUCCACCACAAACAUCAUCGAAUACACCAACUUUGACACCAAAAAAUAAACUUGUCAAAUGUCCAUCUGGUAAUUCAAUUUUACCAAAUAAAAAAUCAAUUUCUCAAUCACAACAAUCUCAACCUGUAAAUAAUUCAUUUCAAUUGGAAUUAAAACAACAUUUGAAAUUGAAAAAAGAACAAAAUAUAAUUAAUAAUAAUAAUAAUAAUAAUAAUAAUAAUAUAGAAAAUAAUAAUAAUAAUAAUAAUAUUAUUGAAAAUAUUAAUAAUAAUAAUACUUUAAGUAGAAAAGAAAGAUAUGAAUUAAAGAAACAAAAUAUUCCAAAACCAAUGGAUGAACCAAAAGGAUCAUCAGUAGUUGAAUCAAUUGUUAAAAUUACAUUUCAAUUUCCAUCCACUGGUAAAAAAGUUAAUAGAUAUUUUAAUGCAGAUUGUAAAGUUGAAGAAUUAAAAAAUUAUAUUGAAUGGUUUGCAUACCAAGAACCUCAAUUAUUCGAUUCAUCAUUUAAAUUAUCUGAUGAUUCUCAUUUAAAAAUUGUAGAUUAUAAUAUUGAAUAUACAAUUUUACCAACAAAAUUUGUAAUUUCAAAUUUUGAUGUUACAUUUAAAGAUUCUGGUUUCGUUCCAAAAUCAAAUAUAAUUAAUAUUUCACUUGUAUAA